AUAGAGACACGCUAUAUAUGCUUAGCCAAGCAGUUUAUUCCCAGGACAGGUGGGGCGAGCGUGCCCUUGUCAGGUCCUGGACUGGUCCAGAUAUACCUUUGCUUUUACCCAUCAUUACCCGGGCCAGGAUCUAAAAGCACCAUGACCCCGAAAGGGAUAGUAAGUUAAGUAGGGACUCUUCGUAUAAGCCUGUGACCUAGUAACAUAUUUUUUAUAGUUUGUGUACAAGACAAAGUCAAAUUCAAGAGAAAGAAAAGUCAUAUUCAAAAGAGUCAUGAUGACUGGAAAAGAGACAAAAUAUUAAUUCCCACACAACUUUGCAUAAUUGAAAAUGUUUUCUUUAUUAAUAUGUUUCUUUUUGAAAGGUAUAUUACCCCAUAGAUUUCUUAAUUUCAGUGGGACUUCAUGUUUAAAUAAAGGUUAAUAAAAUAAAUAAAAAUUCAGGUUGGAGUGAUUUGCUUCAACAUUAAUUCCUCUAUAGGUCAGAAAAAAAUAUAUGUUUUAAUUAAAUUCUUUCUUAGAAGUGCUUCAUAAACUUUAUUAGAACUAAAGUGUUUUUUUUGUUUUGUUUUUUAUUUAAGUAUAUGAUUUUAUUCAGCUUAUUUACAAAGUGAUUUUCGUUUCUGUCUCUGUCAGAGUGUGAAAAGAUGCUGCUUUUCCUGCUCCUGGUGUUCCUGCCCACCGUUCCCAUAGAAACAGAGGUGGUGGAGACUUUGGCCGACUGUCCCGGUUUCUUUGUUGAAGAGAAACCACCAGAGAUCCCAAACAUCUUAGUGGGGGGAAACAUCCGAGACCAGAACCGUUACAAAGUCAUCUGCCAAACCUUUGAAGAUAUAAGAAGAUUUCUGACGCUGUACGAUACAGACAACAAGAUUCCAGUUUUUUCUGCGUAUCGCUUCACAGGAGCAGAAAAAGGAAGACCAAAUGAACCCUGGAAAAUAGAACCUCAGCUCGAGGACGACAUAAACAUGAGAUCGCUUCGACAGUCAGACACACUGAGAAACCAGGCCACUGACAGUGAUUAUAGCAAUAACAAGAGGUACCAUAAAGGUCAUUUAUAUCCAAACUCUCAUGCACCAGACUGGGAUGCUAAACGCUCAACGUUCACUCUGACAAAUGCUGUGCCUCAAGUAGGAACUUUCAAUGGUGGUAAGUGGGCUCAAGUGGAAAAACGGACCAAAUGUUACAUGGAAAACAACUGCAUCAAUGCAAGCGGUAAGAUUGAAGCCUUUGUGGUGACUGGAGCAGAACCGGGUAAUGAGACACUCAACAACAAGAUCAACAUCACAUCCAAGAUGUGGUCGGCUUUCUGCUGUCAUAACAGUAGAGAUGAUGUGUGGUAUUCUAAAGCAUACUGGGGAGACAAUGUGCCUAACAGUAAUUGGAGAGAAAGUUCUUAUGAAGAAAUGAAGGCUACUUUUGGCAUAAAGAUUUUUCCUGAAAAGUGUUCUUUCUUAAAUAAUGUGGAUUCCAGUAGAACACAUCCUUGUGAGAAAGAAUAUCCAUUCCAGUCUGAAAUCACAACCGACACUGCCCCUCCCAGCACCACAGACCAUUCAAGUCCAGCAGAAAAGACGACUUGUCCUCCAAACUCAACACCAGCGUCUCCCAUGACGCCAAAAACGACCACCACUCUAGCAGCAGCCACAAAGACGACUCAACCGACCAGCAUCACCUCUAGAUAUACAUCUGUUAUAAACGAGGAAGACUGUGAAGACGAUGAGGAAACGAACAGGAAGAGGUGUAGGAGUUGGGGUUGAAGGAGAUGGGGUCAAUUAUUAACGUGAUCUUCAAGAUUUUAAAGUGGGUUAUGAUGGAUUGGAGGCUUUUUCAAUAGGAACUUCAAUGGUAAAACCUUUCAUUAGCUGUAUUUAACAUCAUUUUCUAAUGACAACAUUUACUUUAAAAUCAUGAAUAGGAACAAACAACUCACAGGUUGACUUUUAAAAACACAGCAAUGGAUGUCAACAAUACUUCAUUGAUCCAUCGCUGUUUUAUAAAAUAAAUCAAAAACUGAUUUCUGAUAAAUGAGAGAUUGUUUUUUCUUUUGCAUUGUUGAGUUUCCAUUAGAGAAAUUUAGUAUCACAAAUCCAAUUUGUGCAAUUUCAUAGUGAAUGGAAGCACAGCUAUUGUUUUUAUUGUAUUUAGCCCAUUGAUUUACUUAUAGCUACAUUUUAUAUAAAGUAUCUAUAAUCUUCAAUAUUCUAGAAUAAUAAACUGUAAAAUUACAAAUGUUUCUAAUGUUGAUUUUAUGGCAAAGUUGUAAUUUUUCAUUGAAAAACUUGUUCCUUGUGUGUUCUUUGAUUUGAUUUCCUCAGACGUUUGUCAGAACUGUUUUCUUUGUUUAAAGGUGGAAUGAGACAUACGGCUUCAGUUAACAUGAAGGCUUUACAUGUUUGAUUUUAAUUUUAUCUUUUUUCCUUAUUACUACUGCUUUUAUGUUUUAAAAAAAAUCUAUAAAAAUUUUAAGAAAGAAGUUUGUUUUUUCUCAUCUUCAUGUUUGGACUGG